UUUAAUCACGUGACACAAGGCACGCACUGGUUCGACAACAACAUCAUGGCUUCGUACGUUGCUCGCAAGGUAGUUUCAACGGCUUCAGCUCCAAAAGCUAUAGGUCCCUAUAGCCAAGCUGUUAUUGCUGAAAACACGAUGUAUAUGUCAGGACAAGUGGGAAUGGACCCUGCUACUGGAGAGCUGGUGGAGGGAGGGGUGCUAAAGGAGACGGAACAAGCAUUUAAAAACAUAAACGCAGUACUUGAGGCAGCUGGCUGUAGCUUCAACAAUAUUGUUAAAACCACUGUUUUCCUGGCAGACAUCAGGGAGUAUACAGCAGUAAAUGAAGUCUAUGCUAAAUACUUCAGUGGUUCAUUCCCAGCAAGGUCUGCCUUCCAAGUUGCUGCACUUCCUAAAGGGGCCAGAAUUGAAAUAGAGUGCAUUGCUAAGAUUGGACACAUGGUGGACCAUCAGCCUAAGCUCUAAUUCAUUAAGAUUGGGACCAGUCCUAUCUUUUAGGACUUUUCAUGUUUUGGUUUUAUGUGGUGAACAGACAAACAUGGAUUAUGAUGAUGACUACUGCCAUUGAAACUAUACCACAGUUAUAAUUAAUUUGGCACAGUUUAAACUGAGAAUUCAGUGUUUCGAACACAGCUGCUUAACUCCAGUUCAUCAAUAUUGCAAAUAUUACAGAUAUUGUUAUUUUGUUGUUUAGGCUUAAAGUAUAUAAAUAUUAAUUGAAAUCAAUUUUAUCAUUAACAUAUUAAAAUCUUGCUCAUGCAGUAAGAACACUGAUUAAAAGAACUUAAGGCAUUCAAUGUCGUAUACUUGUUAUAUUAUAAGCUGCCCAUUUAUUGCAUUUGAAAUAGCACAAUAAUGCACAAUAUCGAUUUAAGUCAUAGACUUAAAGUGUGUCACUUAUUAUGAAGGGAAUGAAUUAGAUAUAUAUGUAUAUAUAUAUUUUGUUUUUGGUAUUAAAUUUUGUCUGCAAAUAUUAUAAAUCGGCUGUCAGAGUAAGCAAUUUCUUAUACAGAAAAUAAAGUAACACUAUUUUACAUGCAUGUUA